GCCGGUAGUUAAUAGUGAGCCUGCGAUUGCCUCAGCAGGCGUGUGUGCUCUAGUGGCUUGGGAGGCCUGGGAUCCCCGCAGGGAGCGGGACAGGUUCUAACUACUUCUUUGGGUAGGGGGAUCGCCGAGGUCACUGUCGUGGGUUUGCACUGUCGGCUGGGAGGCGCCAUGGCGGAAAGAAAAGGAACGGCCAAAGUGGACUUUUUGAAGAAGAUUGAGAAAGAAAUUCAACAGAAAUGGGAUACCGAGAAAGUAUUUGAGGUCAAUGCAUCCAAUUCAGAGAAGCAGGCUAGCAAGGGCAAGUGCUUCGUCACCUUCCCGUAUCCAUACAUGAAUGGGCGGCUUCAUUUGGGACACACGUUUUCUUUGUCCAAAUGUGAGUUUGCAGUAGGGUACCAGAGAUUGAAAGGAAAGAUUUGCCUGUUUCCCUUUGGUUUACACUGUACUGGAAUGCCUAUUAAGGCAUGUGCCGAUAAGUUGAAAAGAGAAAUAGAGCUAUAUGGUUGCCCUCCUGAUUUUCCAGACGAAGAAGAGGAAGAGGAAGAAGCCAGUGCUAAAACAGAAGAUAUAAUAAUUAAGGAUAAAGCUAAAGGAAAAAAGAGUAAAGCUGCCGCUAAAGCUGGGUCUUCUAAAUACCAGUGGAGCAUUAUGAAAUCGCUUGGUCUGGCUGAUGAAGAGAUAGUCAAAUUUUCUGAAGCAGAACAUUGGCUGGAUUAUUUCCCACCACUGGCCAUUCAGGAUCUGAAGAGAAUGGGUUUGAAGGUAGACUGGCGUCGUUCCUUCAUCACUACUGAUGUUAACCCUUACUAUGAUUCGUUUGUCAGGUGGCAGUUUUUAACAUUAAGAGAAAGAAACAGAAUCAAAUUUGGGAAACGGUAUACCAUUUAUUCUCCAAAAGAUGGACAGCCUUGUAUGGAUCAUGAUAGACAAACUGGAGAGGGUGUUGGCCCUCAGGAAUAUACUUUAAUCAAGUUGAAAGUGCUUGAGCCAUAUCCACCCAAAUUAAGUGGCCUGAAAGGGAAAAAUAUCUUCUUGGUAGCUGCUACUCUCAGACCUGAGACCAUGUUUGGACAGACAAACUGUUGGGUUCGCCCUGAUAUGAAGUACAUUGGGUUCGAGACAGCAAAUGGUGAUAUAUUCAUUUGUACCCAAAGAGCUGCCAGAAAUAUGUCAUACCAGGGCUUUACCAAAGACAGUGGCGUGGUGCCGGUUGUUAAGGAAUUAAUGGGAGAGGAAAUUCUUGGUGCAUCCCUUUCUGCACCUCUAACAUCAUACAAGGUGAUCUACGUUCUCCCAAUGCUCACCAUUAAGGAGGAUAAAGGCACUGGUGUAGUCACAAGUGUUCCUUCCGACUCUCCUGAUGAUUUUGCUGCCCUCAGGGACUUGAAGAAAAAGCAAGCCUUACGAGCAAAGUAUGGAAUUAGAGAUGACAUGGUCUUGCCAUUUGAGCCAGUGCCAGUCAUUGAAAUCCCUGGUUUUGGAAAUCUCUCUGCCGUAACCAUUUGUGAUGAGUUGAAAGUUCAGAGCCAGAGUGACCGAGAAAAGCUUGCAGAAGCAAAAGAGAAAUUAUAUCUAAAAGGGUUUUAUGAUGGUGUAAUGUUGGCAGAUGGAUUUAAAGGACAGAAGGUUCAAGACGUAAAGAAGACCAUUCAGAAAAAGAUGAUUGACGUUGGAGAUGCGUUUAUUUACAUGGAACCAGAGAGACAAGUCAUGUCCAGGUCUGCGGAUGAAUGCGUCGUGGCCCUGUGCGACCAGUGGUACUUGGAUUAUGGGGAAGAGAACUGGAAAAAGCAGACAUCCCAGUGCUUGAAGAACCUGGAAACAUUCUGUGAGGAGACCAGGAGGAAUUUUGAAGCUACCUUAGCUUGGCUCCAAGAGCAUGCCUGCUCACGAACUUACGGUUUAGGCACGCGUUUGCCUUGGGAUGAACAGUGGCUGAUUGAAUCACUCUCUGAUUCCACUAUUUACAUGGCAUUUUACACCGUGGCCCACCUGUUGCAGGGCGGGGACUUGCGUGGACAGGCCGAGUCUCCACUGGGCAUCAGACCGCAGCAGAUGACCAAGGAAGUUUGGGAUUAUAUUUUCUUUAAGGACUCUCCAUUUCCUAAGACUCAGAUCCCAAAGGAAAAAUUAGAUCAGUUAAAGCAAGAGUUUGAGUUCUGGUAUCCUGUGGAUCUUCGAGUCUCUGGCAAGGAUCUUGUUCCUAAUCAUCUUUCGUAUUACCUAUACAAUCAUGUGGCUAUGUGGCCAGAACAAAGUGACAAAUGGCCUGUAGCUGUGCGAGCAAAUGGGCAUCUUCUCCUGAACUCUGAGAAGAUGUCAAAAUCCACAGGCAACUUUCUCUCUUUGACCCAGGCCAUUGACAAAUUUUCAGCUGAUGGAAUGCGCUUGGCUCUGGCUGAUGCUGGUGACACGGUUGAAGAUGCUAACUUUGUGGAAACCAUGGCAGAUGCAGGUAUUCUCCGCCUGUACACCUGGGUGGAGUGGGUGAAAGAAAUGGUGACCAACCGGGAUAGCCUAAGAAGUGGUCCUGACAGCACCUUCAACGAUCGUGUUUUCGCCAGUGAAAUGAAUGCAGGAAUUAUAAAAACAGAUCAAAACUAUGAAAAGAUGAUGUUUAAAGAAGCUUUGAAAACAGGGUUUUUUGAGUUGCAGGCCGCGAAAGACAAGUACCGCGAGCUGGCCAUCGAGGGGAUGCACAGAGACCUCGUGUUCCGGUUCAUUGAAGUUCAGACCCUUCUCCUGGCUCCGUUCUGUCCGCACGUGUGCGAGCACAUCUGGGCGCUCCUGGGAAAGCCUGGCUCAAUUAUGUACGCUUCAUGGCCCAUCGUUGGUCCCGUGGAUGAGACCUUGAUACGGUCCUCACAGUAUCUCAUGGAGGUGGCACAUGACCUUAGACUGCGACUGAAGAAUUAUAUGAUGCCAGCCAAAGGGAAGAAGACUGACACACAAGGGCCCCAGAAGCCUUCGCAUUGUACCAUCUACGUGGCAAAGAACUAUCCGUUUUGGCAGCAUACCACCCUGUCAGUUCUGCGCAGUCACUUUCAGAACAAUGGUGGACAAUUGCCUGAUAACAAAAUCAUUGCUAGUGAACUAGGCAGUUUGCCAGAAUUGAAGAAACACAUGAAGAAAGUGAUGCCGUUUGCUGCCAUGAUUAAGGAAAAUCUGGAGAAGGUGGGACCCCGUGUUCUGGAUUUGCAAUUAGAGUUUGAUGAACGGACAGUGCUUACGGAGAAUAUAGUCUACCUGAGCAAUUCCCUUGAGCUAGAACACAUAGAAGUCAAGUUUGCCUCUGAAGCAGAAGAUAAAAUCAGGGAAGAAUGCUGUCCUGGGAAACCACUUAAUGUUUUUAGAACAGAGCCUGGUGUGUCGGUUUGCAUAGUGAAUCCCCAGCCGUCCAAUGGUCACUUCUCAACCAAAAUUGAAAUCAGGCAAGGAGAUAGCUGCGAUUCUAUAAUCAGGCGUUUAAUGAAAAUGGACCGAGGAAUCAAAGAUCUUUCCAAAGUGAAACUGAUGAGAUUUGAUGACCCACUGUUGGGGCCUCGGCGAAUUCCUGUCCUGGGAAAAGAGCAAACUGGGAAGACCCUCAUUUCUGAGCACGCGGUUUUUCACAUAGACCUCACAAGCAAGAAGGUUUAUCUUACGGAAAAUGGGCUCCGGGAAGAUAUCGGUGAUACCAUGGUCUAUCUGGUUCAUUAGACUCUUGCAGACUGGAGAUUUUCCCUGCUUUCUGGGGAUGCUACUAUUUGGUGCCUACAGAUUGACGAUGAGAACCUUAGGCUGGACCUAUACAGAUUCCAUUUCUAACCAUUCAAUUCUGCAUGUAAUCAUAACUAUACCAAGUUGUGUUGGAUUCCUGGACCUAAUAAAUUUUUUUUCCAUAGAGCCUCCAAGAGAAACAGUUUGUCAUACUUUUCUUUUUAAUUUAAAAACAUUACUGCUAAUUCCCAGCAGCUUUCAGCCUUUCACAUCAACACAAAGGUGUCGCUGUGCUUCUGUGAGGUGUACUUUGUGCUACUCCUGAAGGCUAAGGCAUGUCUACCAGCUUUUUAUAUCCAUUACGGAGUUAGCUUUAUUUCUCCUUUAAAGAGAAAAAAGUACAUUAGACAGCUAGUUUUGCGUUUUAAACAAAAGAACUCUCAUGACUAUUUAAAAGAACAAAUGAGAAUAUUUUGACCUGACUGAUCACUAAGUAUUUUGUAUAAAGAACAAAAACAGUCUUGUAUUUCUGAGAUCUUUUUUUAGCUUUGAUAUAUUCAAUUAACCACCAAUAUGUUUUCCAAGGCUAAUAUUAAUAGUUUGUAAGCAGUUUAUUUCAUCUACACUAAAUUUAGGCAUUUUAAAAAGAGGGGACUUUUUCCACUCAGAAAACUGCAGUUAUCAAAUUUGUCUUGAGUCUGAUUGUAUUUAAAGACCAUGCCAACUGUAUUGCAGAUAUUGCAGAUUUUUUUUUUAUUCUUGCUGGAAUGUCUGUGUAUAUUAUCUGUGCCAUCUGUCUUCAUGAUGAGGAAACAAUAUUAGGUGUUGACUGGCAGAGGAGAAAAACUUUUCCAUUGCUUGAAGGAUUCAGUAUGGGGAAGAACCAAUCCUGAUAACCUUAAGGAGCCUGAAUUCUGACUUUCAGAUCAUGUAAAGAGAUUUUGUUGAGCUUCUUUAUUUUGCUUGGUACAAUUUGAGAUUUCUGGGCCUAGUAGAAUGCUUUGUCAUGGGUUCAUCAAAGCAGAUCAUAGAACGUGGAGUUGAGAGAGCCCUUGGAGAUCAUCAAGUGCAAAUCACGCCUGAACUGUUCCGGGCAGGCACUGCAGUGGAGUGGGCCAGAUCACAGAUGCUGCGGUCAGGCCAGCUGGUUGGAUUCCAUUUCUUCCAUUCAUUACUUGGGUGAUCAUGGCCCCUUACUCAGCCCAUUUUCUCCACCUAUAAAAUAGAACCAAUAAUGUGCCUGCUUGUCUAGGCAUAUUGGGAGAUGGUGAGAUGAAACCAUCUAGAAAAAUCAUGUAUAGAGUAUAGUGUCUGGCAAGUGGUAAGCUUUCUAUAAUGUUCCUGAUGAUGAUGAUGAUGAUGAUGAUGAUGAUGAUGAUGAGCCCUCAGUAGAUGUUAGUGAAUAAUAGUAAUAAUAAUAAUAAUAAUAACCAACCAGCCAGGGUGUAUUGGCUUAGUAUUACUAUAGACUAUGAUCACGUUAUUUGUCUCGGUUCCUUUGGGGCGGCUGCUUUGUGUUGGCCCUGCUUUAGGUUCAUUCUUUUGCUGCUCCCUCAAUCUGCAUAACCUUAGUUAUUCCCGGAAUCAAAGUGCUCUUUCCUGGUUCCUAAACACAAGCCUGCCUAUGUUGAACUGAGGCCGAUUAGACUGUGU